GAAUGUCCUUCUUUAACUUCCAAAUUGUUUCCCCUACUUUUCUGACCAGUAUUCAGCUCGAUGAGAUCGUCGCGAUUGCUGUUCAAGCCUAUGACACCAACCCCACUAUCUGUGCAAUGACUGGCGGAAACAAGGCUCUGUACGAUCCUUUUUUAAGAGUCGUAACCCGGGCACUGCUACGCGAAGGCAAGGUAUGGCUCGCUGUUUUGGAUGGUAAGAUCCUUGGAGUUCUUGGAGGCUUCGGUCCGGGGACAUUUCUUUGGGCAACAGAGGAACAACGAGCCUUAGGAUUCAACUAUGCCUAUGCUCGCCUUACGGAAGAAACAAAAUAUUGGUGGCAGAAUAUUUAUGGGCCGCAGAUCAAGGAAUUCGUGGAUAACGCUCUUGGGGAAACCGUCUCGCGCCAUGGAAUCGCGACCGCCAUGUUCAAAGAAAUGACCCAACAGGCAAUCCAAGAUAAGGCUAUCAUGAUAGUGGGUGCAGACAGCGAUCUCAACGUCGGCAUCUAUGAGAGUUUCGGAUUUAAAUUUAAGGGUAGGACUGUUCUUCCGAGCUCUGUAAAGGGGGAGAGCCAGCCACUUUUUGCAUUGAAGAAGAUUCCUUAA